GAGGAAGCGGUGCGGCGGACGGCGGUGGGCGCCCGGCUUGCCGCGGCGGCGCUAUGCCUCGUCGCCUUCUCCGUCCUGGCUGCCGAUAGAGACAAGGGUUGGGCUCUCGACUCCUACAACCGCUACAAGCAAUUCCGGUAUUGCGUCUCCGUGAACGUGAUCGGGUUCGUGUACUCAGGAUUUCAGGUGUAUGCACAGGCCCACUACAUGAUGACGGAGAAGCACAUUAUACGUCGUCCCAUGGGAGACUACUUGGACUUCGCUAUGGAUCAGAUAUUGGCUUAUCUCUUAAUUUCAUCGUCAUCUUCGGCCACUGCUCGUACUGGAGACUGGGUGUCCAACUGGGGAAGAGAUCCCUUUCCUGACAUGGCUACUGGUUCUGUAGCUGUAUCGUUCCUGGCUUUCCUUGCUUUCGCCCUCAGUGCUCUCAUCUCUGCAUAUUAUCUCUUCCGCCCAAGCCUGUAACCUUCUCUGGGGAGCACCAAACUGACGCACAAGUUGUAAUGCUACGUAG